AUGGUCGAUGAUAGGAGCGGGGAGUGCAUUAUCCACCCUCGAGUUUUCGCACAAAUAAAGCUCGAGGACAGUAUAGUGCCACGUUGCAUCACACUGACGGGUUUUAACAAUGCAGUUGAGCAGACGUCUGGAGAAAUCGCACUAUUCGUCCUGGCCGGCGGCAUCACUUUGGAGACCACGAUCCACAUUAUGGACCAGGAUACGACGUACAACGCCAUCAUAGGGCAAAGCCGAGAAGGCAUUACAAUUAACUGGGUCAGGGUCGGGUGGCGACGAAGGGAAAGAUGUCACCAAGGACCCCAAAAUCAUAGAGGCCACAGGGUCACCGUAGAGGAUCUCGACCUCGUACAACUCGACAAAGAUGACCACAGCAAAAAAACCUACAUCGGUCACAAACUUCAAGAACCAGGUAGAUAUGUCGGGCAUCCCGAAAGAGAUAGCGACACACAAGUUGAACGUCGACCCAUUUUACCCCCAGUACGGAAAGUUAGGCAGAAAUUCAAUUCCGCAAUAAAUGACGCGGUCCGCGAGGAAGUUGAAAAAAUGCUGGAAAAUGGCUCUCUCAGAGAAUUAAAGUACCCCCAAUGGGUUGCCAACGUGGUCGUGGUGAAAAAGAAGAAUGGGAAAUGGCGGAUGUGCGUAGACUUCACAGAUCUGAACAAAGCCCACCCGAAAGACUGA